AUGCUUCCAGACUUUCGAACCUUCUGCCAGCUCCCCUUGCACUAUGUGAUUGUGGGAGGCGGCACUGCAGGCUUAGCAGUAGCUGCGCGCCUGAGUGAAGACCCGGAAGUGAACGUGGGGGUGAUCGAGGCCGGGCCCUCGGCCCUGGACGGGGAGGAUGGCGGGGCCAUCACCGUGCCAGGUCGGUAUGGCGAGGCGAUAGGAACUGUCUAUGACUGGCAAUUCGCAACAACCCCCCAGCCAGGUCUUGGAGGGCGAUCGCUGCCAUGGCCUAGAGGGCGAGUUCUGGGUGGCACCAGUGCGUUGAACUUCAUGGCGUGGAACCGCGGUCACCGGGAAGACUACGAUGCGUGGGUCAAGCUGGGAAAUGAAGGCUGGGGAUGGGAAGACCUACUUCCCUAUUUUCGACGCAGCGAGACAUUUCACAAGCCCGUCGCUGCACAUCAAGAAGAGUAUCACUCUUCCUUUGAGGCCGAAGUCCAUGGUACUGACGGACCUCUUCAAACUACACACAUCAAGCAGUAUGGAGCCGCACACCAGUACUGGCACGCGACUCUGAACCAAUUAGGCCUGGUCUCCAGUCACGAUAGCCUCGCGGGCUCCAAUUGCGGGGUGUGGAACAUGGUGUGCACGAUAGAUCCCGAUCGCCAGGAGCGGAGCUACUCAGCAUCAGCCUACUACGCACCAGUCGCUUCGCGGGCGAAUUUGUAUGUGCUGACGGAUGCGACUGUACUGAAACUGCUAAUCGAAAUGGUUGAUGGCGAGUGGACCGCGACCGGUGUCAGAGUACGAUAUGGUAACGAGGAGCAAGACAUCAAAGCCACGCGCGAGAUUAUUCUCAGCGCAGGCAGUGUGCAGUCGCCGCAGAUCCUGGAGCUUUCUGGCAUUGGGCGACAAGAUGUACUUGAAGCAGCAGGAAUCAAUGUGAAGAUUCAUAACGCGAACGUUGGAGAGAACCUACAGGACCACAUGAUGACUGCGACUAUCUUUGAAGUCCUGCCUACGCUCUCAUCUCGCGACGAUAUUGUCAAUGAUGCCAUUCUGCGCGAGGCCGCCGACCGAGCCUACUAUUCUUCACGAAUUGGACCGUGGACCGUGAUGCCUUGUUCUGUUGCAUAUUGCUCCUUAUCUCAAGUCGCGUUGCCACGAGAAUCUAUCGAAUUGCACAACAAAGCUCAGCAGGUCGCCCAAGAGACGGGUCGCUUGCACGACAAGCUUCUUGCUGCACAGUUUGACCCCGAGACGGACGGCUCCCUGCGUGGACAGGUGGAGUAUCUAUUCGACCUGGGUAAUUGGAGCCCAUAUUUCCAAUCUGAGCCAGGUAAAAAAUAUGCGACUAUGUUGCAGAUGCUCCAGUAUCCAUUUUCGCGAGGGUCCAUUCACAUACCACCACAGACCGACAAGCUUGGCACGAUUACUGUCGAUGACAAGCCCAUAAUCGACCCGCGCUAUUAUCUGGGUUCGGGGGAGAUAGACAAGCAGGUCAUGGCUGUAGCCCAACGAAUGACCAAGGAAAUAUGCCGCACAGAGCCUCUUGCAGAGAUCAUACGAGAACAGGUCUUCCCGCCCCCGUGUGAGGAUUCGCGCGCGGAGAUGGAUAUUUAUGAUCAUUUUGUGUCGAACUACACCGUGACGGACUGGCAUCGUAUGUUCAUUCUGCUAUUCACAUUACUACUGGUUCUGGACUCACUCAACAUAGCGGUUGGCACCUGUGCGAUGGGCGGGCGAGACGGUGCAAAGGCCGGCGUUGUUGACGAGCGUCUACGGGUAUACGGGGUCCGCGGGUUACGUGUGAUCGACGCUAGCAUCAUGCCUUUGCAGGUUGGUGCGCAUAUCCAGGCCACUGUGUACGCGAUUGCAGAGAAAGGAGCUGCUAUGAUCCAAGCUGACUGGUCCGAUUCUUCGUGA